AUGAUAAUCUUGCAAUUCAGAUUUUUAUUAGUUUCAUUUUUCACAAGUAUCGUGGGAGAGGCCCAAUAUGUAAUGCAAGAUGAAGUACUAAUGCAUUACAUCGACCGGCGUUUUCUAUCUUUAGAGAGCAGGCUGGAAAAAUGCAACCAAGAUAUACUGGAUUAUGUACAAGAAUUCCGUGACUUUUCAAGGAGGAUGAUAUCGCGCUUGGAGGGGCUGAAAGUUUAUAAGGCUGAGUUUAAAAAUGAAGUGGAGCAUUUGCUAACAAGAGUUGAAAGAGCACAAAGGGACAUUGACUAUUUUCAAUCAACAAGAGAAUCUACUGCCUGUGUAGAAGUAGAUGAAGACAUGGUGGAAAAGCAGCUAAAUGAAGACGCAGAAGAAAAAAGGAAAGUCAAGCUCAUGCUUAAUGCAAGCUGUGACAACAUGCUUGCAGGUAUCAAGUCCAUAAAGAUAGUUAAGAAGACUGGAGAUAUGCACGGCUCUUGGAUGACAGAUCCAGGCAAAGACCAUAUGAAGAUUUAUUUCUUAAGUGGAUCCAAGAAUAAUGUUAUUUUGGAAUUUGCAAAUAUUCGGGCAUUCACGGAAAGGAAUCAUAAGCUAACACCACGGAGAGUUAACCUGCCAUCUUCCUGGCAGGGAACUGGCCAUGUUAUGUAUAAUGGUUUCCUGUUUUAUCACAGAUAUGGCUCCUUAAAUGAGAUAGUUAAAUAUAACAUCCAGAGAAGAAAGGUAACUGAUAGAAUGCUCCUGCCGGGUGCUGGACAGAUUUCUGCCUAUGAACUGUUUCCUGAUACUAAAAUAGAUCUUGCUAUUGAUGAACAAGGGCUGUGGACAAUCCAUGCAGAGCCAGACACGAGUGGAAACCUUGUCAUCACUAAAAUCAACCAUAUGACUAUGACAGUAGAGCAUACUUGGGACACAUCUUGCAAUAGCAAGAAUGCUGAAGCAGCUUUUCUGAUGUGUGGCGCCCUUUAUGUUGUGUACAACUCUCCUAGUGGAGGCACAUCUCGGAUCGAAUGUGUGUACGAUGUCUUAGACACUAUAAAUACGUAUGAAAUCCCCGUUUUACCUUUCCCCAAACGUCAGGGUAGCCAUUCUAUGAUACAUUAUAACCCCAAAGAAAAGCAGCUAUUUGCCUGGGCUAAUGGAUCCCAGAUCCUUUACAAACUUCAAACAAAGCAAAAAGUUUAA